AUGCCGCGAUAUCCUCAACGCAAAUAUACUUUUGCUCUUGCUAUGUGCAUCAGUACGGAGUACAGGGUACCCUCUUGCAGCCAGAAAUUCACCUGGGAUGGCUGGAAUUACGUGUGGCGUAACGUGGACCAUUCAAAGACCGGGAUUGCCCGUGAGGCUUGCGGUAAAGCAAAGACUGCUAGGAAAAAGAAUGCUCACUCGGUGUCCCAAACCAAAUAA